AUAUCCAGUACAAAAUUCCCUCCCCCACACCUUCUCUGCCAAUUUGCCAAACCUCUUUGUCUCUCUCUCUCUCUCUAACUCUAGUCCAGAAAAAUAGAGGAUGGAUCUCGCCGAUGGGAACCUCCGGUCACCGCUCCUCCCUCAGCCGAAAAACACAGGCGCCGGGCCUCAGAAGCUCUGCAUCGACGACAUGUUGCAGAAGUACUGCGGCGAGUUCGGGCGGUGGCAGUUGAAGCACUUCGUCUUGACGAGCUUGGCGUGGGCCCUGGAGGCCUUCCACACGAUGGUAAUGAUAUUCGCGGACCGCGAACCGGGGUGGCGGUGCGUUGGCGGGGGUUGUUCGGCCGGUUCGGGCUGGGGCGUCUGUGGGCUGGAGCCUGGUUCGUGGGAGUGGGUCGGGGGGCUGGGGAGCUCGACGGUGGCGGAGUGGGGGUUGGUUUGUGGGGACAAGUAUAAGGUUGGCUUGGUUCAGUCCCUUUUCUUCGGCGGCUGUAUGAUCGGUGCUGGUAUAUUUGGCCAUCUCUCAGACUCCUUCCUAGGCCGCAAAGGCUCCCUAACUGUAGUCUGCAUCCUGAACGCCGUCUUCGGCAUCCUAACUGCACUCGCCCCGGACUACUGGACCUACGCCCUCCUCCGCCUCCUCACCGGCUUCAGCACCGGCGGCGUCGGCCUCUGCGCCUUCGUCCUCGCCACCGAGCCCAUCGGCCCCUCCAAACGCGGCGUCGCCGGCAUGUCCACCUUCUACUUCUUCUCCACCGGCAUCGCCCUCCUCUCCGCCAUAGCCUACCUCUUCAAGUCGUGGCGGUCUCUCUACAUCGCCACCUCAAUUCCCUCCCUCUUCUUCCUCUUCGUCAUCGUUCCUUUUGUUUCUGAAUCCCCUCGUUGGUUCCUCAUACGUGGCAAACCCAAUCAAGCUUUGAAAAUCAUGCGGGAAAUCGCCAAGUACAACGGAAGAUCCCUCCCCGAUAACGUCAUGUUAGCUUUAGACGAAGAAACUAAGGAACCCGCAAAUGGUCAACAGAAAAAGGGUGAAAAUGAUGGGAAACAGGCCAUUACGGGAUCUUUAAUAGAUGUAGUGCGUUCUCGUUUAAUGCGUGUUCGACUUUUCCUCUCGGUUGCUAUCAACUUCUUGUGUUCUGUUGUCUACUAUGGCCUGAGCCUAAACGUCGUCAAUCUCGGAACAAAUCUCUACCUAAAUGUUUUCCUCAACGCAGUGGCAGAAAUGCCGGCGUUCUUACUAACCGCGAUUCUGCUCGAUAGGUUCGGGAGAAAACCUCUGGCGAUCGGGACGUUAUGGUUCAGCGGUUUCUUCUGCGUCUUGGGAUGCUUAGUGGGAGGGGAUGGAGCGUGGAAGGUGGUGAGAAUGGUGUUCGGAAUUUUGGGGAUUUUCGGCAUGGCAGGGACUUACAACUUGCUGUUUAUCUACACGGUGGAGCUGUUUCCGACGGUGGUCAGAAGCGCCGCGCUUGGGUGCGCGUCACAGGCGGGGCAGAUGGGGGCGAUAUUUACGCCGUUUGUGGUGGUUCUGGGCGGGAGGCUGCCGUUCGCGGUGUUCGGGGUGUGUGGGGUGGUGGGAGGAUUGCUGGCGUUUUGUUUGCCGGAGACUUUGAACAAGCCGUUGUACGACACAAUGGGUGGGAUAGAGGGAGGAGAAAAUGCAUUUGGGCCUCUGCUAGUUUGAUAAAAGACCACUUUUGAGUUCUGAUUUUGGCAAUCCAAACUGGGAAAAUUAUUCUCUCAGCUUUUGUGGAAGUAUAUAUGUAAGAUUAGUUAUGAAAUUGGCUAUCGUUUGAUAUACAUUUUCAUGUUUCCUGUUU